AUGGUCCGCGGUCUCAAAGAAUUUAAUCAACCGCUAGAUAUUAUAAAGCAGCGUCUAUCAUCUACCAGCACGUAUCAAGAUAUUGAUGGAAUUACUGCGCAAUUAAGAGAAUACACCCGCGAAGCUGGCGCUGUCCUCACUAAGCUUGAAACUGACAGCAAAGCGGUUGAUGAUCAUUACAAUGCAAUAAAACUCGAUGCCCAAAAGAAGAGAAAGAGAGACGAUGACGACUCCGCUGUAGCCCCUCCUCCGCCGAGUGCAGCGUCCCCAGCGGGCACGCCGACGCCCACCACAACCACUUCUACUCCAACCGGGCAAAACUUAAAAUCCAGACGAAUAAGGCAAGUCCCUAAAAAGUCUCUAUCAUUCGAACUACCUUCUACUUCGCAGAUACCCCGUCCGCCACGCACGAAACCUCUGCCAUCAACACCUAAGACUCAGGAUGUCGUCAAUGAUGAUUUCGUCGAUAAGAAGCCAGCGUCUCAAACGCAAAUAAGCUCUUUCUAUGCUUCGAUAGAACCUUAUUUGAGGCCUCUUGGUGAGGACGACUUGAUGUUCUUGUCAGCAAAGGGCGAUGAUGUUACUCCAUAUACUAUCCCUCCUCUCGGCAGACCCUACUUGAGCGUCUGGGAGGCUGAAGAUGCCGGCCUACCCUUCACAUCAAUCGACCCACCAACUAUACCCCCACUUUCGAGACCAUUGUUGACAGCUCAAGACGUUACAGAUGACGGACUCGUUAAUGAAGAUGUUAGUUUGGGUGCACUCAGUGAACGGCUAGUGUCUGCUUUGCUACCAACAAGUACACCAUCACAAGAAUACACGGAGCAAGCGGACAGCGUGACUUCGGAUAAAGUUUCCGUGGGUGUACUAGACGAUGCUCUCAGGCGGGAGUUAAUUGGCUUAGGUAUUCUCGGGGAGAGUGAUUCGGGUCCAACACAACCAAUAGAUGAUGAGAUAAGCACACAACUGGCUCAAUUACAGCACAUACUUAAAGCGCAGUCUCAAAUGAAUUCAUAUAGACGUCUCCAUCUAUUGGAAAGGGCGAAGGAAAGAAUAGCAGGGCAGGAGUACUUGACGCUGCUAUCAGACAUAGAGAAAACAAUAGAGACAGGCUGGACUAAGCGUCAAAAGCAAAUAGCUAGAAUAAAGAAAAAGAAGACGGAAAAAGCUACUCAGAUAGCUCAACAGCAGGCAAGCAAGCAGUCGGGUAAGCUACCGGCAUUAUCUGGGACAAGCACACCAUCGCAAACCUCACAAAACAAUAUGUCUGCCGAUUUGAUGUCAGAUUUGGGUGAAAGCGUCAAGAAAGCAAUAGAGUGUAGGACGUUGCUAAUAGAGAAUGUUGGUCGGGCACUAAUGGAAGAGAACGACAGGCAUCCAGGAAAAUACUUUGGUGUAGAAGAGCAGGAGCCUGGAGCAACGGUGGCUAGUAUACGAGAUUCAGUGGACGCCUUAGAAAAGGAACCAAGCAUGAUGCCUGAAGACGAUGACAGUCCGGUAGUUGGAGGAGUACGGCUGCGAUAA